AUGCCUUUGAGGGAGGCCUCCUUGGUGUACGCAGACGAGGGCGAAGCGUGUGCGGACUUGCGCCAGGGCACUGGACCUAACUCUUCUCUGCUUGCCUCGGAGAGCGGAUGGGCUGCGUCAGGGCGAGAAAGCGUUGAAGAUGGAGAGUCCCCCGCCUGCAGCUCUCCACUGUCGCGCGACUCAGAGGAGACAGAGAGGCGGAGUUCUACGGCGACGGGAGACGAGAACGGCGAGGACGGCGCCCACAGCGAGAGAGAAGCGUGUGAAGAGGGGAGAACUUUCUGUCAAGAACGCGAGACACGAGAAUGCAUCUCUCUCUUCGAGGUGGAAGUCUCUCAGCAGAUGAAUUCGGCAGCGUCAGUCCCUCCAAACUUUGCGACGUGGACAGCUGACCAGCGAGGCGACUUGGGGGGAGAUCCCCCCGGGUUCGAGGGAGAAGAUUCCAGGAGUGAUUGUGGAAGUAGUGGAGACAGUCGGAGACAGUCUCUCGUUGUCAUUCCCCUUGAUGAAGAAGAGCCACACACUGCUCCCGAGGAGCAUCGGCAGCAGGCGGAGCUGCGUUCUCGGAUUGACGUUGCCGUGAGGCCAACUCGGUCUUCCUCCCUUCCCCCGCCCGACUCGUGUCCACCUCGUGACGUUGCUCCCCCCUCGUCUGAUUCUUCACUUCCCCAGGCUCCUGAGGUCAGUCCUCCUCAGCCACGCCUUCCGUCUCUGCCGUCUGCCUGUCCUCCCCCUUUGCCGUCGGUUUCCUCCGUCCUCAGGCUCUCUCCAGGUUCCAGCCACCCUUCCGCCCCUGUUCAGGAACUGCGCUCGUCCGCAGCCGCGACAGACACUCCCGCCGAGACAGGAACGUGGAGACAGCAGCUUCGCGCCCCGUCUCCGGUGUCGUCUUCGGCGAGCUCGCCCUCCCUCCGCGCGGCGGGGUCUGCUCACCAGCUGCCUGCCGCCGUGGGGCCGAGCCCAGAUGAUGGGGAUUUUGACACUGUGAGUGAUUGGUCUAUGUGUCGUCGGCCUCUCGGGCAUCCAGCCAAGUUGUUUGUCAAUGCAGGGAUUCCUGUCUCGUUCAUCAAGGGAGGAGGCUGGGGGACGUCUUCCCCGUCUCCUGCGAUGCUCUCCUCGCAGCGCGCGCCUCGCACGCCGUUCCCUUCCACGGCAGCAGACGCUCCUCGCGGGGUAGGAGGCCCCACAGGCCGUCGCGAGCUGCGCGAACUGCCGGGCACUGGGGACGGAAUCGAGGUUUCGCCCCACCGGAGCUUCUAUCUCAACGCCGCGACGGUGCGGGCUGCGGCGCAGGCCGACGCCGCUUUGCAUGCCGAGCGGACGGCGAGUCGUCAGAGCCGCGCAGCGAGUGUCUCCGCGGUCGGAGAGAGGCCUGUUGGAGCCCACCGGCGUCUGUCGCACUUCGCGGGGACUGCGGCCGGCCGCGCAGAGCCAGGGACGGGGCCCGGUGCCUCUCGGGAGCGCAGGGACAGCGCGGACGACGUAGACGAGCAUCCGCCACGCAGCGCGGAGAGGCGAGAGUCUUCUCUCCUGGCUAUCCUGUCCCACGAGUCCGAGACCGAGGGGGUGCACAGUGAGGUAGGAAGAGUUGGAUGCAGGACGGGAAACGCGACGAGCCGGACGUCCUCAGGACCGUCGCAGUCGCCUCCAGCUGCCUCGGCAGGAACCAGCGGGUCGGGAAGGCGCAUGCUCUGGUUUUGGGGCGGCAGACAGAGGAGCGCAGAGACGCAGGAAGAAGCCGCAAAGCCUUCAGCUUCACCUGCGUCGCGUGGAAGCGCAGGAGGCGUUGCGAGACUGCUGUUUGGCAGAAGUGAAGAAGCAAAGGACGAGGAAGCGAGUGGGCUCUUUGCGCCGGCGAGGAGAGAAGGCGCGACUCACGAGCGAGGGGGACUCCCAUUUCGAGGAAGUGGAAGGGACAGCACGGAGCUCGAGAGGUUGUUGGACUCGGAGAACGAGGCGGCACUUCGUCAGCGAGAGAUGCAGGAAACGCUUCAUCGCGAGGACCUCGAGGCCAUGCUCAAGAAUGUCCAGCAGGUGAAGAACUUCCUCGUGGUAAAACUGCGCGAGUGUGAGGCAGCUCUGCUGGCGACGGCAAAGGAGAGGAACGACCUCGAAGAGAGCCUUCGACAGCUGGGAAGCAGUUUGCAAGAGAAGGAAGUUCAGCGCGAAGAAGCCUUGCAAACUCUCCGGCGGGAAAAAGAGCACCAGCAGGUGGAGCUGGAGAGCCUGCGAGCCGACGUGGCGCGAAUCGAGGCGCGGCGGGAGGAACUCGAGGUCGAAGUUUCGCAGCUGCGCGGCGAGGGCACCCUGCUGCGCGCAGAAAUCCACGACCGGAUGGCUGCGAAUACGUUGACAACGGAGAAGCUCCAGGGGACGGUGAACCAGUUGAAAAGCGAGAAAAGGGUUCUCGUCCGGGAAAUCGUCUCUCUUCGACACUCUCUCGCGGAGUCGCGCCAAGAGCUGGCCAACGCUCUGGCCCGUCUCGAUGAACUCGAAGCCUUUGUCCCCCAACCGCCCUCUUCUCCAGCUGACCCUUCUCCCUCUGCCUCUGCGCUCUCUUCUUCUUCUUCUUUCGCGCGCAUCCUGAGGAGACGCGCUCGCCCGGCAAAGGCCCAGGCGCCGAGCGCGCCUCGAUGUGAACCUUCUUCGUCUCCAGCCGCGCUCGCUGAAAAAAAACCCAGACGCUCGACUUCGGCGGGGAGCGGACGGGGAAGUCCUCAGACCCCAGGGGAGGAAGAUCGGGGCUUUGAGUCAACGGACGAGCUCGCAACGGCUGCGACACGACUCGAGUCUCUCUCGGUCUGUAAGCGUCAGACUCCUUGUACAGACAGCGGGGAGAGCAGUUCAAGGGGCGCGUGUUCGAGGCGUCCUCGCUCGGCCUCCGACACAGCAAACUCGUCUUCCGCUCCCGCUUCUUUUGCGUUUCUCGAGCAACAGAGCGCGGCUGUCGGGCUUUCUCUGAUUCUCGCUUCGCCGCGACGGAACUCGGAUGCGGAGCACAGUGGAGAAAGCGAAUCUGCCGACGGCGCGCGGCGUUCUCAGGACUGCGGCGGCCGUGCGCAAGGCCCGCGUGCGUCUGUGGGGUCUUCGCCGUCAAGGGGCGAGAAGGCGACACGAGAACAGGGGGGAUGGAUCCGAACGGAGAACGUGGCGGGGCGGGUGGGAGGUGCCCUCGCUGCAGGCAUGUCGCGAGUGCUGCGACAGCUCGAGAACGUCUUAACAGUCGAAGAAACUUUGAUCGUCGACGCGUCGGGGGUCUACACCGAGGACGGAGUCUGCGUCGAGUCUCUGGAACACGCGUUUUCUCUGGGCAAAUCCGACCCUCAGGCGCCGGCGUCUCUCCGCCUUGCUGCGCCAGCCUCGGACCCGUUCAACCGCGGGAGGCGAGUCGCAGAGGCCGCGGAAAACGGAGGCUCUGCUCUUCCGUCUCACCGUAGUCCUUGCUGUGCUCCACCUGUUUCGCGUGGAAGGGAAGAUGUGCGCGGUGAGGGCUCCAGUUCCGCUCUCGGUGGGGACGCCGGGAAGGCUUCUGACGCCUUCUUGCGUUCUGUAGGCGUGGCCAGGCAGAAGGACGCGCACGAGAGGGAAUCACGCGAGGCUGGUCUCCCAGACAGAGACGCCCGCGACGGCCGCACUGGCGGAUCUGCGCCGCCACCGAGCAGCGAGCACGAACGCAUUCAAAAACCGUGGUCGGGGCGAGGCUACCAGUGGAAGCGAGAGGAUUCAACUUCUGAAACGCGUGCGGGAAACAACGGGUUUGGGGCGGGCGACCUCGUCGUCGUGCUCUCCGACAGUGAAGAAGCCGCCGAGGCUGCAACUCGCAAGUGUCUCCACGGAGACGGGACCGUUUUCACGCAGGCGUUGUGGCCCAAGAAAGAGAAGAGCUCAGAGGAGACGGUGGGAGGCAGCAUGCGCGACGCCGUUUGCUCGGUGUGGCAAGCUGCGCAAGAUGUCUUGGCCGAGAAAACGCACCAGCUGCUCCAACCUGGAUCGUCUCACUCGCCACAUCUCCACUUGGGGAGUUCCCCAGAGGCGCCGGAAGGAAGUCCAGAGUCGGCACCGGUUUCCAGCUCGAACUACGUAACCCCUCUGCCUGCUUCCAAGUCCACCUGCGCUUCGUCUGCGUCUUCUUCCGCUGCGUCUCCUUCUCUGUCGACCUUCCUUUUGAAGACGGUCAAAGGCGCGCCGCAAGGGCAUCUUCUCUCUCCAGCGUCGAAUGCGAAUUCGCCGUGGAAGGCGCUGUUGCAGAGACACCGAGAGGCUCGGCGCAUGCCUCUCUUUGGCAGCACUCCGUACCCUUCGACGGCGGGCGGAAGUGUGGGGAAGCCUGUCUCGGAGACUGUGGCGCGUGUGGGGAGGAGACAGGGCCCGAGUCGGGCGGAGGCAGAAAGGAAGCCUGCCUCGAAGACGGGAGGACGAGGGGCGAGGGGUAGUGCGCGAGGCGCAGAAGAGGUUGGCGAGAGCGUGAGACCGAGCGGCAGCGAAGAAGGCGACGGAGACAGAGCAGGGGACGGGAUCGACGCCCAGAGACGGAGCGAAAGCGAGGACGCUGGAAACGACGUGGUGGUACUGUCGCUGGGACAGGAAGACUCCGAACGCGAGAAAGAACGAGAACAACCAGGAGAGCCCACAGUCCUCGAAAGAGACCGCGACCAGGCUGACUUAUUGCAGGAGGACCUACGCUCAGGCAGCCGCGAUUCGUGUGAAGGCGAUGUCGAGACAGAGAGAGAUAGCAAAGGAGACGCUGCGAGCUGCGUGACUACACAAGGCAGGCUCGAAAAUGAAGAUGGAGAAGGAGCGACCGCGGAAAACGAAGAGCCCCCAGAGGAGGCGGAGAAGGUGGACCAAGAGGAGAGCGCAGCAAGUGGAGGCAAGAGGAGUGAAGAAGGGAGUCACGAAGAGCAACAGGAAGCGGGCGAGAAAGAGCAGGAAAUCAGGGAGAAAUCGACGGCAGAGGCGUGA